AAGGUAUUGGAACGUUUCCGGAAUAAUUUAGCAUGCCAGCUCACGCAAACCAAAUAGGGGACUGACUCGCUCAAUAAGAAUCUUUUUUGUUCACAUCCAGCUCAAAACAAUAAUCACUAUUUUUCCGCUAACGUGUUUACAAAACACUGCACAAAGUGGCACCAGAAAGAGGAGACAUGUGGACGCUGGUGUGAAGCUGCGGAAGUGGGGGGCGCUGCUGCUGCCAGGUGACCAGUCAUCAUAUAUAUAUAGAUGAAGCCUGUCAAGUGUCGGAGCUUUCCUUCCAGCAUGAACACCAGACAACCACAUGGUUACUUGGUUCGUACACCGAGAUUUCUUGACACUAUGCAUUGUGGCAAGUGUGGAUUUGCUACGUCGGAUGUGGAAUUAUUCAAAAGGCACAUGCUUGACCACACUGGGUCCAAACUGUGCUGUAUUUACUGCGAAAAAGCCGUAUUGAACAAGGCAGAGCUAAACGCUCACCUGGAGGAACACAUCAAGUCGACUCUCUCAUGCCCGCACUGUGGACAGCGCUACAUGCGGAAGAUGAACCUUUUAAAACACAUUGAGUACGUGCAUAGUAAAAACAUUAGUCAAGCACGCAAAAAGGUUGGUGGUAGCAAAGAUCCCCUGGUCUCCAAUGCCUUCCCAAGUGUACAGAGUGCUGUGCACUCAAUGCGACCACCAGUUCGAGUAAAUGUGCCAGCCCCCAGCACACCCAGUGUCAGUCUUGUUAAAGACGGACAGAAAGGUAGAACGAUGAACACGAUGCUUCCUAUUUCUUCAAAAGUUGUUCCAGAUAGUGUUGUUCAUCACAACAGGGCGUUAACAGUGUCACUCCCAGAGGAAAUAAGUAUACCUGCUGGGUGCUUGGUUGAACUUGUGGAAGUAAAAACCGUCAAUGGGUCAAAGGAGCUAAAGCUGAGGCUGGUGUCACAACAAGAAAACGAGGCCGGAAUGAAAGACACAAGAACAACAGUUCAACAAAAUCUCACAGCGGGCAAGACUUUAGCGUCCAAAUUUAACCCCUCAAAUGCAGUAAAGUCACCAAAUAUGGGAAUGUGCAUGGUGAACAGAAAGCUGUUGGAAACAAAGAUGGCGGCUCAGCAAUGCUCUGCUGUUAAACCUGUCAGCGCGUCUAAAAGCCUGAUGUCAAAUCAAGCAAGCAAAGUGAAACUCACACUAAAAAGGACGCCAGAGGAAGUCAUUAACUUAGACAGUCCGACCAAGGUCUCCAAAACUGUCUGCAAUCCUGUGCGAGAAAGAAAUGAAAUUGUAUCGACGUGGAGCGAACUUGUCCAUGAUCGAGCGAAAGCAACCAACGUUCUUUUGACCCAUGAGACACGAAUGCUGACCUCUCACCUGCAGUCGGUAAUAAUGGGUUCAUCUGCAUAUCAACAGAUAACUGAUCAAAGUCUCAAAAGUAUUCCAGAUCAGUGCAAGAGUAUUCACCCCUCAAAGGCAGACAAAAUAGGACGUUCUGUCCUCGACAGACUCACCACUGUUAAAUCUGAAUCCGGCAUGGAUUACCUGAAGGAUACCACUGGCUCCAAAGUCAAGGAUACCCCUACAGUCAUGAACACUCCAGCAGGUGUCAACCAGCAAGGUCACAAACCCAUUUCCUUGAAUGUCCCUUCAGGUGCAGCUGUCCGAGUGACCUCUUCAAAGGUCAAUCUUUGUCAGGACAGCGAUACUUCUCGUUUAUCUUUUCCCGGUACUGCCACAGGGCAGAGGACGGUCCAUGCGUCCCCAUCACUCAAUAUGCCCUUGGUGCCUCAGGGUGCCCGCCCAAGGAAGGAGCUGUCUGAGAGAGACACACCAAAGCCUGAAGGCUUCCCAGUCAUCUCCUCUGUGUUUUCCCUGAGCGAACAACAAGGAAAUGCUGAGGGCACCAUGCAGCCACUGGUCAUGGCACUGCGGGGCAUUGUGAUGGACAAAAGCAGCACAACUGAGAAGGUGACGCCAAAUGUAAACCGGACAUGCGGAUCCGUGAAAGUAGAAAGCAAAAUCGAACUUAUUCAGCAACAGCCAUCCAACACGGUGGCGAAAUUGGACAAGGAUGAUGUCAUGGUGGAGAAAACCAGCUCGACGCAGACGGACAAUUGCAGCCACGACCCGGCCUUGAAAUCCGAAAAUGCCGAGCCUGUUUCUGACAACGUGUCAGACGUGUCUGCAUUUGAUGUAAAUCGUCAGUAUGACAUCUCCAAAUUUUUGACUGUCUCGUUGACAAGAGUGGACGAACGCGGCAUAUGGAUGAACACCGAGAAGGGACCUGAACCCCCAGCUCCUCAAUGUGACACUCCGAUACCUGUCCGUGAUGCCGGACGGUUGAUGCCACUCAAGGUGGAGCAGCUGGUGACGUGGCCGCGCCCAAACCAACCCGUGGUGGUGCUCAAUCACCCGAAGCCACGGGUCCCAAUGCAAGAACCGGUCAAUGCUGUCGCAAACACUGGAAUCCCCGAAAAGGCCCCAAAGUGCCAAAUUUUAAGGAUGAGGCUUUGCAAAGUGAUGGGGCAGAAAUAUGAGGUUACAGGCUGCACUGUCAGGUUCUUCCAAUGACGUGUUCACAGCAUUAACUUUAGAUAAGUCUUAACGUCCGUUGGUCAGAAUUUGUGAUAUUAGAAAAAGGGACUGAAUAAAAUCAUUUUCCCACGAUUAAUGUGAUGUCUGACCUGUAAAACUCAAUUGUUUAAAAAAAAUCUUCUUUUGAGGGAAAUUAACAAAAGUGAAACGGUGCCAUCGUGCACAUCUUUAUCAGAUUAAGAUAUCCUUUAUUUGUCCCACACUGGGGAAAUUUACAACGGUGUGUUGCCUUCAUAAUUACGGAUCACAUUGAAACUCAUGUAAAAUGGGAGCCAGCCCUCACAUGACACCGUUCAAAGUGACUCACUAACCAAAAAAACAUGUUCAGAUGUUGUACAGCUGUUUAAGCUACCUGUACAUCGCAAGCCCCUUGAAAAACUAUCAUCUCAUAUCUGCUCACGUUUAAACAGGUUCUAGAGCACGGGUGGCCAACCAGUCAGAGACUAAGAGCCAAUUUUUUUACUGUGUUACUGCAAAGAGCCACAUCAUACAUACCCUUCCUCGCGGACACACACACACACACACACACACACAAGCACACACACUUUUUUGCUCAAAGAUAGACUUUUGAAGUGAUCAACAUUCCCACGAUCGACCCAAUCGUGCAGGUUCAAGCAUACACAUACCCUCUAUCCAUUCUGCUCACGUGAUUGGUUACUAGUUUCUUAUUUGAUUUUGUUGAAGCUCAUCUGUUGGUUGGUUGGUUGUUGCGUCACGUCACUGCAAAGACUGAGAAACAUUUCAUCACAUCAAACACAUUUGAUAUUCUAAAGCAGCCAAGUCUUGUGCUGUUAGAUGCGAUUUCAAUAAUGUCAGGAAAAGUCUGAGAACAGCUGAAAUUUAUUGGGGGUUUAUCCCAGGCACUUUAAAUGGUGGCAGAUCUGUGCUGACUCGCAUUUAUCAUGAAUUGGAAAGUGAUUGGAACACAGCCACAGGUAUAAGAGGGUGUGCAAACUUGUGCAACCUCAUCUCAAUUGAUUGUUUUUCCUCUCCCUUAUCUAAAAGCUUUCAAGGAUGUUUUCAAUGGAGUUGUACAGGUUGUUGUGCACAUUAAUGGUCGACAAAAGCUUUGAAAUGAUUUACCAUGAUCCCGUUGCUGUAUCGCCACAAACCUGUGGUAUUUCAACAUGGUUGUGUAAACUUUUUAUAUCCACUGUUUUCAUGGGAACUGUACAUAUGUGCAAAGUGUUGCAAUGAAGAUUUUCAGUUAAUAUUUUAUAACAGAAAAUGAUGACAUUUUUGUUUCCUUGACUGCUGAAUGAUUUUUCUUCACAGUCUGCCUCCAGGUUUCUGUUUGGAAAACAGUUUUUGUAACUGGCAACAAUGAGAAGUACAUACAGUACUCCGAAUCUUUUCUAGUAGCAAAUAUACCAUAAUUGUAACAUUUGUUUGGGAUGAAUGAAUGAUGCGCAACAUUGGGAAAGUAAUACAUUCUGACGGACAUCCACAUGCCAGUGACUUUUUUUGGUUUUCGUUUUUUGUAGUUUUCACUACGGUUUGGAAUGAUCCAGAUCCUUGCUCAAUCUACAAAAAUCGAAUUCCACACGUCUUUAUUAUUUAUUGAUUUUUAUCCAUAGAGUGUUAAGAAUUGUCAACCCUCCAGAUCGAAACUUUGCAAUUGACCUCUGCCACUAGUAAACAAAAGAAAGAAAUGAAUGUCUGUUUUUGUCUAUGGUGUACCAGUCCCAAUUUGAGAGAAGACUGCCACAGCAUGUCAUGUACAAACAGUUCUUAGAAAGAUCCUUCCAGAGUUGUUGAUUUUUAAAUACACCUAGCCCUCCUGAUAUUUUCUGCACAUUUAAGGUCAGAAAGAACCAUGAUUUACGUAUGUCAAUAAAAACUGUUAUACAGCAAAUCUGAUGUGUUUUGAGCCAUAUCAUGAACAAUAAUGCUGCAAGCACAAACGAUUCAGCAGGCCCAUCUCUCACCUGACAGUAAUAAUUUAAAUGUAACUUCACACUAAUAGAACCUAAACUUUUUUAUCAUGUUGUUUUUGGGACGCUUCUUCUGUACAGUUUCAAAGUUGGUAAAUUUACCGUGUCGAUGUCAAAAAUCUGUACUUCCCCGUCUGACACUACUUUCCCAUCUGGUUCGCGAAUAACAUGUUGAUAUCAACACUGUGAAUACAGUUAUAAAAUACAUAAGCAUGAUUGUACUUAGCAAAGCUGAUCGUGCGUGUGUGUGUGUGUGUGUGUGUGUGUGUGUGUGUGUGUGUGUGUGUGUGCGCGUGCUAAACCAACCACAUUAUUACUUCUUUCACAUGUAAUGACAGGCUUAACCACCUAUUACCUCAAAACACAUAAAACAUACCGGUAACUAUAUAGAUAUAUAGAUACAUGCUUCAUGGGCAAAACUCCUUUGAAAUGAAUCAUUUGUUUCUGAAUACACGAGUUAGCUUGGAUAUAUGUAAAUGAUUAAAUGUUACCAUAAUCAACCAUACCAUUACAUUCCUCACACUUGUAUUGAUAAGCACAACCCUUUGUAAUAUUCAAAACACACGACACAUUUGUGAGAAUAUGGUCAUGGGCUAAAACCCUCUAAAGAUAAGAAAAGCUGUUUCUGGAUACAUAUGUUGGCAAAAUGAUGAUCUCUAGUGUCUAAUUCUGAAAUUAUCAUUCUAAUUGUCGACUGUGGUUCUCUCCUUUUCUCUCUAGUGGUUCAACGUAAAAUGACUAUUCAAAGGCACUCUCUGGUUCCCUCGAAAGGUGAAACUGUUGUCCCUUAUUUUGAAAGUCUAAAUCAAGUACUGUAGAGCUAGUGGUUAAACUUAAUCUAGAAGGGCCUAAAUCAAGGACGAUGAACUCUCAUGUUUGAACUUUUAGAAUUGCAAAUAUUCUUGCCAAUUAUAAGUGUUCGUUUUCCACCCCAGAGUUGUUUUCUCUUGCGUUAUGUCACCACUCCACUUGUCACCUUUAUAUCUGUUAUAUCAGUUUGUUUAUUAUUUUUUUUCUUAUAUUGAGGUUUUGAAAGCCUUGUCUUCAGAAAUUAAAUCAUUUGUGAAUGUUAGUGUAAAUACUAAAUAAACAUUUCUUUGAUACUUUUUUUUUUUGAAAAGGAUCCACCACUGGCUUUGUUUUUAGGAUGAACAUUUCAAGUUAGAUUUCUUGACCAAGAAUGGCACUGAUAGAUGUGUCGGCGGGAGGAGAAUAUUAGGAAUGCUGUUCUGGAAAGUAUUUAUUAAUAUGUGUGUCCUGGAUGUAUAUUUAAUGUAAUACCAAUGUGAUGAUUGAUUGAUUUUGUUGACUAAGAAGUGACCAUGCUUAAAAAUCAUUUCAGCUUUCAGUUCAUCUACGUGUGCGUGUGUGUGUGCGUGUGCGUGUGUGUGUGUGCGCGCUUGCGUGCUUUCAAUUAACAUAUCCUAAUGAUUUUCUUUUUAUUUGUACAGUAUAGGCACUGACUUGGCAACAGUGUUAGGUACACCUUCCGAUACAAGUCAAAAGAAUCUGCCACAUUAUCCAGAUUUGUACCAAUAGGGGUCAUCCUUGGCCCAUGAGCCACCGAUCUUCAUAGUUCAAUGGAAAUAGAAGAUUCUGCUUUAUUUUGAAUGACGAUGUCCGACAGGUGUUAAUCUAACAAUUUUGUAUACCGGUUGUCGUUUCCAGGUGUGCCUAAUAAAAGUGCCCAUUAAGUGUCAUUAAAGAUAAAAGACAACUUCAAAUUCUCCUGAUUACUUUUGUCCUUGCAGAAAAAAAAUUCUUAAGCACUGUAACAGUGUUGUGACAAAACUGCCAAGCUGUCAUGACUGAAGAAAAAGAAAAGUUGAACCGUUUUUCAAAUUCUUUUUAAGUGUUUUCAUAAUUUUCCAUUUUUGUUGCUCAUUGUUCCCUAUCGUGUUUGUUUGUUUUUACUUCUUGUUUUUAUAUUACUCUCUUGUAUUAAAACGGUGAUCAUGAUGAUCACAAGCAGA